CUUUCCCGCGGGGCACCCGGGGCUGCGUGCAGCUCACCUUUAGGCAGGGGGCGCCGUGGCAGCGGAGAGACCACAUGCCCGAGGGCGGGCCCUGCGGGGCGCGCUCCUCCCACGAGGGUGUCAGGUUUACGGAACCGAGCUCCCAGGCCGGACGCGCGGUGGCCUGACGGUCGCAAGGAUUACAUUCGCUUGACCCGGCCUGGCUUGACCCUGCCUGGGCGCUCCAUGUUCGCGCGUGGGUCCCGGAGGCGCCGCUCCGGGCGUGCGCCUCCAGAGGCAGAGGACCCAGACCGGGGCCAGCCCUGCAACUCCUGCAGGGAGCAGUGCCCCGGCUUCCUGCUCCACGGCUGGAGAAAGAUCUGCCAGCAUUGCAAAUGCCCGCGGGAGGAGCACGCAGUGCACGCGGUGCCUGUGGACUUGGAACGCAUCAUGUGCCGGCUAAUCUCGGACUUCCAGCGCCACUCCAUCUCCGACGACGACUCAGGCUGUGCAUCGGAGGAGUAUGCCUGGGUGCCCCCAGGCCUUAAGCCGGAGCAGGUAUAUCAAUUUUUCAGCUGCCUCCCGGAGGACAAGGUCCCCUAUGUCAACAGUCCUGGGGAGAAAUACAGGAUCAAGCAGCUGCUGCACCAGCUGCCCCCACACGACAGUGAGGCACAGUACUGCACAGCACUGGAAGAGGAGGAAAAGAAAGAGCUCCGAGCCUUUAGCCAGCAGCGGAAGCGGGAGAAUCUGGGGCGUGGCAUCGUGCGCAUCUUCCCGGUGACCAUCACUGGGGCCAUCUGUGAAGAGUGUGGGAAGCAGAUUGGAGGUGGAGAUAUUGCAGUGUUUGCCAGCCGUGCAGGCCUGGGUGCCUGCUGGCACCCACAAUGCUUCGUGUGCACCACAUGCCGGGAACUGCUGGUUGACCUCAUCUACUUCUACCAUGCUGGCAAGGUCUACUGCGGGCGUCACCAUGCCGAAUGCCUGCGUCCACGCUGCCAGGCCUGUGACGAGAUCAUCUUCUCCCCUGAGUGCACAGAGGCUGAGGGCCGCCACUGGCACAUGGAUCACUUCUGCUGCUUUGAGUGUGAAGCUUCGCUAGGAGGGCAGCGCUACGUCAUGCGUCAGAGCCGCCCCCACUGCUGCGCCUGCUACGAGGCCCGCCAUGCGGAGUACUGUGAUGGCUGUGGGGAGCACAUCGGCCUGGACCAAGGCCAGAUGGCUUACGAGGGCCAGCACUGGCAUGCCUCAGACCGCUGCUUCUGCUGUAGUCGCUGUGGGCGGGCCCUGCUGGGCCGUCCAUUCCUGCCACGCCGAGGCCUAAUCUUCUGCUCUCGAGCCUGCAGCCUUGGCUCCGAACCCACAGCACCAGGGCCGGGCCGCCGCAGCUGGAGUGCUGGCACUGUUACAGGCCCACUUGCAGCCUCCACAGCCUCUUUCUCUGCUGCAGAGGGGGCAUCAGAGACCACCACCAAAGGCACCUGCACGGAGUCAGCACCAGCUGCAGGCCCCAAGGAGCCUUCCCGCUUUCUGAGAGGGGCUCCCCACCGCCACUCCAUGCCGGAGAUGGGGCUCCGCAGUGCCCCCGAGCCGCCCCCAGAGUCCCCCGGCCAGCCUAACCUGCGCCCAGAUGAUAGUGCCUUCGGUCGCCAGAGCACCCCACGCGUCAGCUUCCGCGACCCUCUCGUGUCUGAAGGAGGUCCGCGCCGGACCCUGAGUGCACCCCCGGCCCAGCGCCGCAGGCCACGCAGUCCCCCACCCAGGGCCCCCAGCCGUCACCGCCACCGUCAUAAUCACCAUCACCAUCACCAUCACCACCACCGCCGCCACCCAAGCAGACGUCGCCACUAUCAAUGUGACGCGGGAUCAGGGUCAGACUGGGGAUCUUGCUCCAGCUCGCCCUCCAGUUCCAGUUCCGAAUCCUCACAGGAUGAUGGCUUCUUCCUAGGAGAGCGCAUCCCUCUGCCCCCGCAUUUGUGCAGGCCCAUGCCUGCUCAGGACAAUGCAACGGAGACCUUCAACUCCCCAUCUUUAUCGCUCCCCAGGGACUCUCGCCCAGGGAUGCCUCGACAGACCCGACAGACCCGAGACAAGAACUGCAUCGUGGCUUGAAGGCAGGCCUUCCUGGAGGGGGCUCCAUUCUCCAGUCAGAGUAGACGAUGAGGCCCAUGCCCCUCACCCCCAUGCCCUGCCCCCACAACCCAAGUCAUAAAUCCUCUUCCUCCCUCCUUUGUCUGUUUGUUUCUACUUUUGUUUCUGUUUUAGAGACAUGAUCUGCUCUACUGCCCAGGCUGGAGUGCAGUGGUAUGAUCACGGCUCACUGCAGCCUCAAAAGUUUUGGGCUUAAGUGAUCCUCCCACCUCAGCCUCCCAAGUAGCUGGGACUCCUGGCUCGUGUCAGCGUGCCCAACUAAUUUUUUAAUUUUUUGGUAGAGAUGGGAUUUUGCCAUGCUGCCCAGGCUAGUCUAGAACUCGUGAGCUCAAGCAAUCCUCCCGCUGCCUCCCAAAGGACUGGGGUUACAGGCAUGAGCCACCGCACCAGGACUUUCGUUUGUAUUAUUGAAGUAAUUUAAUAUUUGUUGUAAAACA